CGAAGCCUUUGCCAAGGAUUCUGCCAACAUGUCUAUCGGUGGUUCCGGCCCUGUCAACGCCCGGGCCGAUCACUCUACGUUCAUGGGCAGGGCGACUGAUGAGGCAUUCGCCGACUACGGCAUCUCUGUUGCGCCACCCUCUAAGAAGGAUGUGGCGCUCUUCAACCCUCACGACCGCGCGUCUAUGAUCCACGGCGACGAGACUGUCGGCCUCGGCAGCUCGACCUUCCUCGAGGGCACACCAGCUGCCAAAGCUGCUGUGGAGAAGGCACAGCAGGAAAGUGCCCAGAGCCAAGAUGGAGGACUGCAGCGGAAGAAGUCACUGGCGCAGCGCAUUCGAGGCAUAAACCGCCCACCGCGUGAGGGAUUCGGCGCUUCUGGUCGCAUGACCAACCCAGAGGGCGUGUACUACCGUGACCGUCCAUCUGGCGGCAGCGUCUCGAGCCCCCGUGGUGGCGGUGAGAACAAUCCUUUCUUCGCCGAAUACGAGCCAGGCAAAGACGGUGAAGAGGAGAUCUCUGUCAAAAAGAUGAACAGCAAUAGCCCGACCUCGCCUCCGCCCCCCGGCGGACUCGAGCGACGCGCUACGACGGAUGCACUCAGCGACCAGCCCAAGCAAAAGACUGGCCUCCUUGGCCGCAUGAAGAGUCUCAAGGGAGGACCCCGAUCGCGCCCUGCCGACAGAGACUUCGGAAAUGCAGAGUAGGCUGACAUGUCUGAGUGACAAUUAUUUUCUCCUGUGAGAGAGUUUCUUUGUCCCCAGAAAGAUGCCCUGCUACCGCUGGCACUGCCCAGGUUUCCUUUCGAGAAGGGUGACACGUCGGGUGGACGAGGCUCUCUGUGCCCCAUGAACACUUUUAUCAUCCUUUAAGUAGGUAUGGCCAUGUAGUGACAACACACGAGAACUGUUCACGUCUAGGCUACUUGCAUCCCAGCUGGGACCUGACCUUGGAAAGGGAGUCUUCAUGGUGGACCAUCAGCAAAUCUUGUACAUUUUUCCUUCUUGCGGUAUUGGUUGAAAUAAGCAUUUUUCAGAAGUCUGGUAAGAUGCCUAUUUGUUACCACUCUGGCGUCUUUGGGAAGGAAAGGAAAGGGAAGGGAAGGGAAAGAGGACCCAGCUGUGCAUAAAGGCCUGUUGUAGAGACAAGCCCAUGGUCAAUGACAUGGAACAGCUAUGAGAUGGACUAUGCAAGCAAAGUGGCCAGGGCCAAGCAGGACAGACACAGGAUCAAGGGACUGGAUGGAAGACAGCAGACUGGCUGUGGGUAGGACCUGCUUCAUAACGAGCGUUAAAGCAAGUCCUUAUGGGACGAAAAGCUCCUUUUCUCUCUUCUUUCUACAGAAAGGACCGAGGUGCAAAGUGGGAUGAGGUGUGGAAGUAAUACUUGUUUGUGAAUUGCUAUGCCUAAUGCGAUAGACACACAUCUCCUUGUCAGAUUCAAUCCAGGGCAAUUGUUAUGG